AUUUUUGAUUCUUUUUCUGUUACGUGCACUUUUUCUUUCGUUCGGAUUGACACAAACAGUUAUUGCUGAGCUUUGUCUGUUUCUUUUCUUUCAAAUUCAUCUUUUAAUAGUGUCCAAUUAUUUUUUUGUGUGUAAAAAAAACCGGACUCUUCAAGUUCACUUGCUCAUUGAAAAAAAUGUCGGUCGAUUAUAGAACAAAAACGGCUCGUUUGUCCGAUGCGGAAGAAGGCGAAAUUGACGAUGACGACAAUGUGUUGCAAGAUUUUGCCAAAGGCAACCAAGAUGAAGUUCCUGGAGAACGGCGUUCUUCUGUUCAUACCAAUGGCCAUUCCAAGGGAGCCGAAAAACGAACGGUUGCUGAUUCCCCUCGUCGAACGGCACGAGAUGAGCACGAUGCAGUAUCGCCACCACCGGCCAAACGCAGUCGUGUAACCGACAACGAUGAUCCUUUUGCGGAAUAUGAGCGGCUCGCUAGACGUCAUCAUCGCAGCCGUUCCCGAAGUCGAGACGGGUCCCAAUCGCGCGACAGUGACCGAAGACGCCACCGGUAUGAUUAUACUUCCCGUGCUCGUUCCCGUGAUGAGCGCGAUCGUCGAAGUGAGUCACCGUAUAAAGCUGAAGAUAGAUACUCACGACGAAGAUCGUCUCGCGAAGACGACUACGAACGUGAACGCAGCCGUCGAAGCCGAUACCACAGUUCACGCAGUCGAGAACGGGAGAGACCCAGCUCCAGAAGAGAGUACGAUCGUCCGAGCUCGAGAUCAAGACAUCGUGACGAAUCGAUUUCCCGACCAUCCGAAUCAACGGAUACACGACGAAAUAUUCCUGCAAAGGAAGAGAAACCUUUAAUACCAGUUUUGGAAGCACCCAAAGAACCAACACCGGCGAUUGCAAAGGAACCGCCAGUGGAAGAGACAGUUCCUGUUGAUGUCGAAAUCAAAGACGAAGAAGAGAUCAAGAAGGACGAAGACCGAUUAAUCGAAGAACGCCGAAAGCGACGACAGGCAAUUUUGGAACGGUACAAGAAAAACAAACCGGCCGAAACUCCUUCAGCAAGUACACCCAUCACAGAGAUGCCGCGUAUUCACGAUGGCAACCUAGAGAAAGGCUCUGGCACGCCCAUCGCGAUAUCGCUUAACAAAAAUGAUGCAGGCCGUAAUGACACAACGGUAGGAAACACUGCCGUAUCGAUGGAACCACAUAUUAUGAUCCUUCGAAAGAUCGCAUUGCAGAUGAUGAUCGACGUUUACGCCACAGCUUAGAGGACACUGUUGCUAAAGAUGAAUUACUCAAGAGCAAAGAUCAUCAAGAACGUGUGGCGGACGGAGUCGAUAGCCACAGAGAUAUGCUUGCGUCAGAUUAUUCGGAAAAGCUCGAGAAUGUUCCGACCAAGCCGAAUCAAGGGGUCACCAAAGUGGACACCAGUAAGGAAAUUGAUAUGUUUUCAGCCAGUUUCGAUAUGUUCGCACAAGCUCCUAUUCCAGCCCAGCCUGCCGCCAUUGCAGUGACUACGGCCGCCCCGGCGAAUCCUAACCUGCUUGAUAAUUGGGAUGAUCCCGAAGGUUAUUACAGU